AUGCAGCGCUUGCUAUGCUUGGUGUCCCUGGUGACGGUGUCCGGUAUUACGCCGGUGCAGAAGGUGGGUCAGAUGUUGGAGGCCAUGAAGGAUAAGGCCACGAAGCAGAUGCAGGAGGAACAAGUUCAAUUUGCAAGCUACAAGCAGUUCUGCGAGCAGACAGCAGAAGAGAAAGGCCGCUCCAUCAAGGAGGCCUCAGAAAAAAUCGAGACCCUGGACGCUGAUAUCGAAGCUGCCACGGCGGAAUCCAACCGCCUCGGCCAGGAGAUCGCGCAGCAUUUGGCCGAUCUGGAGGGUGCCAACGGGGAGAAGGCCAAGGCCACCGGGCUCCGCGAGAAGGGCCGAGCGGACUUUGUGGCGACCUUGAAGGACUACAGUGAGUCCAUUGAUGCCAUCGGUCGUGCACUGAAGGUUCUGAAGGAGGAGAAGCAGUCCACGGCCUUGGUGGAGCUCUCGGCGGUGCGAGGCCUCAAACUUGUGCCGGCCACGGCGGCCAGCAGCAUCGACGCCUACUUGGCGCCGCCCGCCGCGGCCGCCGCGGCGCCGCGCGGAGGCUCGCUCCUCGAGGCACCCGAGCCGAAGACCUAUGAGUUUCAGUCCGGCGGGGUGAUUAGCAUGCUGGAAGGUUUGCAGGACAAGUUUGUCGAUGAGCGAAUCAGCUUAGAAAAAGAGGAGGCGGCCAAGAAGCACUCCUAUGAAAUGCUUGUUCAGAGCUUGGAUGCACAGUUGGCGCAGUCCAAGAAGGAGCAAACUCAGAAGAGCCAGUUCCAGGCGAAGAAGCUUCAGUUCAAAGCGACCAUGGAAGGCGAGUUGGAGGAGACGAAGUCGGAGAAGGCCACGGAUGAGAAGUAUGCAGAAGAUCUCAAGGCCACCUGUGAGAAGAAGUCUGCGGCCUUUGAUGCACGCCAGAAAAUCCGAAAGGAGGAGUUGGAGGCCUUGUCCAAGGCACAGGACAUCAUCGCCAGCGGCGCGGUCAGCGGCUCCGCCGAGAAACACUUGCCCAAACUUCUGCAGACAACCUCCUUGGCCUCUCUCCGUUCCAAGGCGCCCGAGCAGGUGGCACGCUUUCUGCAGCAACGGGCCACGGAACUCAACAGCCGCGUGCUCUCAGCUGCGGCGGCGCGCGUGGGCGCGGACCCCAUGGCCAAGGUGAAGACAAUGAUCGAGCAGCUCAUUACGAAGAUGCAGGAGCAGGCCAAUGAGGAGGCCACGAAGAAGGGCUGGUGCGACGCAGAGCUGUCGACCAACAAAGCGACCCGUGAGGAGAAGACGGACGCGGCCGACGCACUGAAAGCCGAGAUCGAGGAUCUCCAGUCGGCCAUCGUCAAGUUGGGUGAAGAGAUCACCACGCUGAACUCGGAAGUGACCGAGUUGAACAGCGCAAUGGCCAACGCCACGGCGAUGCGCAAGAAGGAGGGGCUUGAGAACAAUGCAACCAUCAAGGAUGCGAAGGAAGCCCAGGAAGCUGUGGCCUCAGCCCUCCAAGUGCUGCGUGAAUUCUAUGCCAAGGCGGCCGGUGCGAAGUCCUUGGUCCAGACGGCUCAGAGCAGCGUGGCCCACGCGCCAGACAUCUUUUCCGACGAGCCGUACACGGGCCUGGGCGGCGAGAGCGGUGGGGUGGUCUCAAUGAUGGAGGUCAUUGAGAGUGACUUCGCACACCUCCAGGCGGAGACUGAGGCGCAGGAGGAGGCCGCCAAGAGCGAGUACCAGGAGUUCAUGGAAGACUCCAAGGUGGACAAGGCAGUGAAGAUCAAAACUGGGGAGCAUAAGACAAACAAGAAGACUGGCAAGAGCGAGGAACUGGUCACCUUGGAGGGAGAUCUGGCAGGAACCAACAAAGAGCUAGAAGCAGCGAACGCAUACUUCGAGAAGCUGAAGCCUGACUGCUUUGAUACCGGUGUUUCCUAUGCCGAGCGCAAAGCGCAGAGAGAAGAAGAGCAGCGAAGCAUCAAACAGGUGAGACCCGCAGUGAAAACCAGCAGAUGA